UGUAAUUGCUAAAUCCACACAAAUCUAAAUAAGGAAAAAUAAAGGUCAGGAAUGAAGUGUCUCUCUACCUCGACUAGCUAUAUAAAGCCCCUCAAUAUUCUUCAAGCUAAGUCACUAACAAGAACCAACACAUACAACUCUUAACUAGCUAUAUAUACAUAACCAUUCCCUUGAAUUACUUUUGAGUAAUGCAAAUUACACCAUUUUCAGUUUUCUUUUCCUCUGUUUACGAUGAUGAAUCGGCACUAAUGAUCACAAUAAGUAGUGCAGUAGUAGCGUUGCUAGUGGUGUUGCUUCAAUGGCGGUUGCACCGGAAAAAGCAAAGAUGGAAGCUACCGCCCGGUUCCAUGGGUUGGCCUUACAUCGGAGAGACACUCCGCCUCUACACAGAGAACCCUAAUUCCUUCUUCGCCACCCGCCAAAACAAAUACGGAGAGAUAUUCAAGACCCACAUAUUGGGAUGUCCAUGUGUAAUGAUAAGCAGUCCAGAGGCCGCUCGAAUGGUGUUAGUAAGCAAAGCACAUAUGUUCAAGCCAACUUACCCUGCUAGCAAAGAGCGUAUGAUUGGACCAGAGGCCCUUUUCUUCCACCAAGGUCCUUACCAUUCCACACUCAAGCGGCUUGUUCAGUCGUCCUUCAUGCCUUCUGCUCUUAGACCAACCGUCUCUCACAUCGAACUCCUCGUCCUUAAAAUCCUCGCUUCUUGGACAUCCCAAAAGUCCAUCAACACCCUUCAACACAUGAAACGUUAUGCAUUCGAUGUGGCGAUCAUGUCAGCGUUUGGGGACAAAGAGGAGCCCACUGAAAUUGAAGCAAUUAAGCUUCUCUAUCAACGUCUCGAAAUGGGUUACAACUCCAUGCCUCUCAACCUACCUGGCACACUUUUUCAUAAAUCCAUGAAGGCAAGGAGGGAAUUAAGCGAUGAAUUAAGGAGAUUGAUAGAAAAGAGAAGAGAAAGUAGGAGCGUAGGAGGAGGUCUAUUGGGAGUACUUCUUGGCGCUAAGGAUCAGAAACGCAACGGUUUGAGCGAUUCACAGAUCGCUGACAACAUCAUCGGCGUUAUCUUCGCCGCCACCGACACCACCGCUUCCGUCUUAACUUGGCUUCUCAAGUACUUACACGACCACCCUAGUGUCCUACAAGAAGUCUCCAGAGAACAAGUCUGCAUCCGAGAGAAAAUAAGGGAAGAAAACCGAGGAAUAUCUUGGGAGGAUACGAGAAAAAUGCCACUGACCACAAGGGUGAUUCAAGAGACACUAAGAGCAGCAAGUGUAUUGUCCUUUACGUUUAGAGAAGCUGUACAAGACGUUGAGUUUGAAGGCUACUUGAUCCCAAAAGGUUGGAAGGUUCUUCCUCUUUUCCGACGCAUUCAUCACUCUUCCAACUUUUUCCCGGAACCAGAAAAAUUCGAGCCUUCAAGAUUCGAGGUGGCGCCAAAACCUUACACGUUCAUGCCUUUUGGGAGUGGAUCGCACUCAUGUCCAGGAAGUGAGCUGGCCAAACUUGAGAUGCUUGUCCUCCUUCACCACCUCACCACCUCCUUCAGAUGGAAAGUGGUAGGAGGCGAGGAAGGUAUACAAUAUGGUCCGUUCCCUGUGCCCAAGAAGGGUUUACCGAUAAGAGUGACUCUAAUUUGAGCCUAAGGCAUAAUUGGAGUUUUUUUUAUUAGUCUAAUAUAGUUGCUCUACCAGUAUAUAUAUAUUGUUACCUUUAAAUAUCUCUCAUUUUAAGUCUGGCCUCCAAUUUGGUCCCUUUUCUUUCGAAUAUGAACUAUUCCCAAUAUCGUAUGUAAAGCUGUAGUUCAAUUAAAUUUUAUUUUGAUAAUGAAAUAUCAUUUUCAACUUUA